CUAAGAUUCUUCAAACAGUGCCGAAGCUAUAUGAAGGCAUGAAGGAAAACGCUGCCAAAAACUUAUAGUCCUUCUGAGAGACUGAAACAUGGGAGACAGAUGGAAGCACACAGCUCUCCUCGUCGUUGACAUGCAGAAAGAUUUUAUAGAUAGGGAUGGUCCUAUGCUAGUGAAAGGAGGCAAGGCCAUAGUCCCAAAUGUAAUAGAUGCAGUUCAAAUGGCUAGGCAGCGUGGCAUUCUCGUAGUUUGGGUUGUGCGUGAACAUGAUCCAUUAGGGAGAGAUGUUGAGCUAUUUCGCCGGCAUUUGUAUUCUGCUGGGAAAGAGGGGCCAACGGUUAAGGGUCAGAUAGGUGCUGAACUUGUUGAUGGGCUUGUGAUUGAAGAAGGGGACUAUAAAUUAGUCAAGACCCGGUUUAGUGCAUUCUUUGCUACACACCUUGAUUCCUAUCUUAAGAGUAAUGGAGUUGACAGUUUGGUUGUCAUUGGUGUUCAGACUCCAAACUGCAUUAGGCAGACUGUGUUUGAUGGUGUAGCUUUGGAUUACAAAUCUAUUACAGUUAUUGUUGAUGCCACAGCUGCUGCUACAGCUGACGUACAUGCUGCCAAUAUAUUUGACAUGAAGAACGUUGGAGUUGCAACACCAACCUUUCAAGAAUGGUCUGAAUCGGGCGCUUGAUCCUCAAUCUGGUAACCGUUACAUAUCCUUGAUUGUUGCAAUAAUAUGGUCCUGUAUAGGGGACGCAACCUGUCUACGAUCCUGUGUGCGGCUUAGUAGUGUGUGAACAGAACACGUAGCCAAAGCGGAACUCAAUAUUCAACCAACCUAUGAUCCAUUUAUAUGUGUAGACCAAUGAAAUAGCUGCUUCCUUCCUUUAGUUUGAUUGUAUAUUAUGCAUAACAUUUCAAUAAAACCAGUUUAUAAUUUAGAUAUACACUGGCUUUGAUGUAAGGAAAAACAACAGAAGGAAAUAAAUAAGUCUGCUGGCUGUGCAAGCAAUGUUUGGACA